ACAAGUUCAGGGAUGCAGUGUUACAAAAAGUCCUAGGGAAAAGCAUUUUGUAGAGUGGUUUUGUAUUUGAGUAUUUAAAUUAAAUCAGUACCUCAUUGAAGUGACACAUUAGGCUUACUUUUUUUUAUCCAAUUAUGAUAAAACUUGAUUCCAGCAUUCUUCACUAUUUUGUUUUUAUAAAAUAUAGAAUCUAGGGAUGAACAGGUAGGUGGCUGGUUGUUCAAUCAUAAAUACGUCAAACGCAUGUCAAAUGUGCAAGUACUCUGUGUGGAUGUACUGUAGGUCUGAUGGUCAACUUUUUCAUAGUGCUUGAUUGAACAUCCCCCGGGAGAGGAUGUUGCAUACCUGUUAAUACCUUUUUCAGGUUCUCAGUUUAUUGGUAUGACUUGUCAAUGUGGAGUUAGAGCACUGAGUCUAGAAGCAUUGGGGCUUUUCCAAGAUGAACACCACCAUGCAAAGGAAGCCAAUGAUAAACACUAUUUACUUGGAGGAACUCAACCAGGAAUCAAAUGAAUCUCACACUGAAGCCACAGAGGAGAAAACGUACACUGUGGAGGAUGCUGUGGAAACCAUUGGCUUUGGCCGAUUCCACAUUCUUCUGUUUUUCAUAAUGGGAAGCACAAGUAUAGUUGAAGCCACUGAGAUUAUGCUGCUAGCUGUCGUGUCCCCAGCCAUUCGGUGCGAGUGGCGCCUGGAAGACUGGCAGGUGGCAUUUGUCACGACGAUGGUUUUUUUGGGCUUCAUGGUUUGCAGUCUGUUUAGUGGAUACCUGGCUGACAAGUAUGGACGGUGGAAGGUUGUCUUUGGCUGUUUUGUCUGGGGUUUAUAUUUCUCAUUGCUGACCUCAUUCGCCCCAACAUAUGGCUGGUUCGUCUUCUUGCGUGCCAUGGUAGGGGUCGGUGUGUCUGGUCACUCACAGGGGUUUGUUCUAAAAACAGAAUUCCUGCCAAAAAAAUACAGAGGUUUUGUGUUACCUUUGGCAUCGUUUUUUUGGCUGAUAGGUUCAUUGAUGGUAAUUGUUCUGGGAUUAGCAGUUGUUCCCACUUAUGGCUGGCGCUGGCUGAUUCGAAUCUCCACUAUUCCCAGCAUCAUCCUUAUUGUUUUAUUUAAGUUUAUUCCUGAGUCUGCCAGGUACAAUGUCUCAUCAGGAAACACCAAAGUUGCCAUAGAAACUCUGCAGAAAAUUGCAAAAAUGAAUCGGGCCUGCUUGCCGGAGGGAAGAUUAGUGGAGUCUGUUGUGGAAAGGAGAGGAUAUUUUCUGGAUUUAAUAACUCCUUCGUAUCGGAGAACAUCACUGAUAUUGUGGUAUUCAUGGUUUGUUGCCUCUUUUUCUUACUAUGGAAUUAUCCUGGCCAGCUCUGAGCUGCUUGAGCGAAAUCUUGUCUGUGGCACCCAAGCAGGAACAAAGACCAAUGGAGCUGAUGGUUCCCCGUGCUACUGCAGCUCCUUUGGACCCUCAGAUUAUCACACAAUGCUUAUUAGCACUCUUGGAGACAUUGCAUUCGUACCUUUGAAUAUCGCAACAAUAAAUGUCUUCGGGAGACGACUUUCCUUAACUAUUUCCACACUGGUAACUGGAAUUUUCUUCCUCCUCCUCAACAUCUGUACAACAAGAUUUGGAUUGACUGUGUUGUUAUUUAUUCUUCGUGCUCUUGUGUCAACAAAUUUUAACAUUGUUUACAUUUAUACUGCAGAGGUAUACCCCACUACAAUGCGCUCUGUAGGAAUGGGUUUUUGUAACUCAGCUAGCCGUAUUGGUGGAAUGACGGCACCCUUCAUAGCUCAGGUUCUAAUGUCAAAAUCGGUGGCCUCAGCUCUGUGUCAGUUUUCCGUUGCGUGUUUUGUAUGUGCAGUCGCAGUUUGGUUUUUGCCCAUCGAGACCACAGGACGUGCUCUUCAGCAAGAACACUGAACUGGACCAGUCUAAUACAGGAGAUUUUGAAGGAAUGAAUUGCUGGGAAUAUCAUGUCUAAUAAUGUUCUUACUUUAUUUAGUAUAGUUGAAAUAUUUCAGCUGCUGAUCUAAAGUGAACCCUUACUUAAGGAAAUGGAAGGGUCACUUUUAUAAUUAAAAAAAUGUAGGUUUUUAACUGAAGGAAGGUUUUAUGUAAUAUUAAUGUUUUUUUAUAUAUGUAGAAAAAAAGUUUGUAUAUCUACCCAAAAGUUGAAGAUGCCUGUACCGUAUCUGAUGCCUUUUACUCAUUUUACACAAAAAUCCCUUUCUUUGUAUAUCUCUAGCAAAAAGGGUAACCAAGGUGCUUAUUACUUUCAAAUGUUUCCAGCCAUUCAAUUAUGAAGAAACUUAGUAAGGAUAUUCUUUGGGAGCACAAGACAUUGAGAGUACCGGUAUCUGAUAUUCAUGUGUUAUGACAUGAUUGGUUUAGCGAAGGAAGGCUAUAUAUUCUGGGAAUCGGUUUCCUUAAAAUCAGGAAAGUUUGCACAGACGUUUGUUACAAGAAUAAUUAAAAAUACUAUAAAUGUCGGUCAUGGCACCUAUGUAUUUAUGAUGGUUAGUCUCUGGAUAGUCAGUGAAAAGUAAUAUAAAUAAAUCUUUAAACUGUUCCACCUAUAUAGUGCCUUUCAGAAUGGGGUAUGUUUCCACUCCAUUAAAAGUUUUGUCCUUUUAAGUGUAUUGUAUAUGCUGUAACGUGUGUCUACAGGGCCCUGUGUAGCAACACUAUGUAUUGUAGCUCCUGUCCUGAGUGAGCAGGUCAGUUCAGGGAGGAUCUCACUUUGAGAGGAAAGCUGCCUUUGGCUUGUCCGUUCUAAAACCAAGCUUGGUCCUUUAUAAAAGCCUGUACUUUAAAAAAAUUAAUUAAUUAAAAAAUUAAUUACCAUGCUGGUAAAUUGUUCAUUGCGAUUGUAUGUGAAUGUAGAAAUAUAAAUUACAAUUUAUUAUAUUGAAUUUAUAAAAUAGUAAGAGCAACACUCGCACAAUAACAUUAUAUAUUGUGUUUAACCAUUCUAUACUGUAGAACCAUGAUCCUUCCUCCAUGA